AACUACACUUCCCAUAAUCCAGGUCUUCAAGGGCGCUUCCGCAGGCGCGCGCUCUAAUCUGCACAGGUUUUGCAGAAACGGAUGUUCGCGCGCAUCGAAUGAGCUUCUGUUUAAACUCUAUCUACCCUACGUUUACUUUAAGACAUCAAAAUGCCAAAGUCAAAGGAAGUGUUGUCUUCCACCUCAGACAGUGACUCUGACAGUGAAGUUGAUACCAAGGCCAAGAGAAAGAGGCAAGCAACCCCAGAAAAGCCAUCAAAGAAACAAAAAAAAAAAUUGUAUGUAUUGGUUUCUUUUUUUAAGAUAGGAAAGAUGAGGUAUGUGAGCGUUCGUGAUUUCAAGGGAAAAGUGCUGAUUGAUAUCCGGGAAUACUGGAUAGACCAAGAAGGGGAAAUGAAACCAGGCCGGAAAGGUAUUUCACUGAACCCAGAGCAGUGGAACCAACUAAAAGAGCAGAUUGGUGAGAUUGACGACGCUGUGAGGAGAAUAUAAGACCUGCCUGCAGUUCACUGGCAACCUGGAUGCUUUUUUAAAACAGAUUCUUGCUCUGCAGUUCUGCUUUUGUUGCCCUCUAAAGCUCAAAUACAGUAUCUACACCUUCUCUGAAUCAGCCAAGGGACAGACCACAGUCUAAGAGACCUGUCAUAAAUUUGACAAAUGUAUAAUUGCUAUGUUUUGCCUUUGUAGAGC